UUGAACUGCCCAAAUACCUGUUUUACAUUUAAAUUUAAAAUAUGAAUGCUUUGAGUUUUGGAGAGGAGAUAUUGGCAUUUUAAAGGAUCCUGAGAAUGUAGAACUUGAAUUAGAAUAACUUGCUUUUUUGGAACUGUGAUUUUUGAGAAGAAUGAGUCUUGGAUUGUUGGAUUCCAUGGAGGAUUUCAGGAUGUUUGAAGGUAGAUUUAGAAGAUUUGGGAAGUUUAUUUUUUUUGGAGAUUGGGAUAUAUAAGGGUGGGGGAUUGGUGAUUUUGAGAUGGUAGCUUUGCAAUAAGCCUUUUGUUUCCAGAGUACAUCCAAUUUCGAAUUCCAAGCAAGAUUUUCAUAGGAAAUCUGCUUUUGUCA